CAUCCAAAUCUAGCGUCUGUCGCGAAAGUAUAAACAUCGCCGUACAGUUUCAAGUCACUUCAAUCCAAAAGUCAAAAGGUUCAAUUAAGAUUAAUUUCUUGCAAUUUACAAAAACCAAUUGUAAGAGCUAUUCGGUUUGAAAUAAUAAAUCGCUGUAUUUGGCUCUCCAGAAUGGGAAAUCCAAUUUGGUGCAUCUUUUGGUUAAUCGUGCUGUUUUUAUUUGGCUUCGAGGUGUCAUGCGUUUGUGCCUUCUUUUAUGCUGUUAUCUAUCCGAUAACGGUGUGCAUUCCGAAGUUAUCGGGCGUGUCUGAUAUUCUUCUGAAGGGGGCACAGUUUGCACAUUACUGUGCCCAGUGCAUGAUAAACGGACGAGCUCCUUUUUAGACCACCAAUUUCUAAGGGAUAUUAUCAACUUAUACAAAUGGCAGCAUUAAUUAACAAUAUGUAUUGUGAGUGUAAAGUGCGUGAGUUGAUGAACGGUACAUGUCAUAGGGUUGAUGGUUUACGCUUCUUUAGUUGCUGUUGUUUAGUUUGAUUCAUCGAACGUUUUGAUUAAAUAAAGAAUUGUUGCUGGCCAAUUUCAA